AUGAUAAAGACACAUGGAAAAACUCAUGGACGAGGUGAAGAAGAUGAAACCUCUUUUCAAUACGGAACCAACGUCUAUCAAGCAUCUUCAUCCAAAUUCACACAUUCAGCAAACCCUGAUGAAGAGUGUAGAUUUAUACUGCUGGGAGGUGAUGUCGAUGCUAAUAAGGAUGUGUGCAGGAUCAUAUUCAGGAAUCAGCAGAACCAACAAAGAACUGAGCUGGAUGAUUGGGAGCUGCAGGAGAACCGUGUCCACGGAAGACAUGUAACUGUGGCCGUCAGUCCUCCUACUUGGUUGGAGCAUUUGAGAUCAUAUAUAUUUCUUUCCAGAGGAAUCAAAAGUAUUAAAAAGGACAUUAAGAAAUGUGUGUCAAUGGCGUUCCCUGGGCCUAAUGCAUUUCUAUUAGUGAUCAGAGAUGGACGUGACAAUAGAAAAGAACAUUACCUUUUAAAAGCAGUCGCUUCAGUGUUUGGGAAAGAGGUUUUAGACUACAGCAUGGUGCUGCUCAUUAAAGGUUCUGGACAAAAGUGUUCAGAUCCUGUCUCAAUGAAGUGUGUCAAGAGAUGUGGUCAGAGGCAUCAUGUUCUAGAGGACACUGAUAGCAGUGUUCAGGAACUUUUCAGUAAAGUUUUAAGAAUGAUUGAUGACAAAAAAAGGAAGUUCUUUAUUCCACCGGAGUAUGAAGAAUUUAUGGAAACUGAAUUUGAAUUAUGGGAAAAGAGAAGAAUUUUAAAAAUGAAUGAAUUUCUGGCUAAAUGCCAGGAUGAGAAAGACAACCUUAUUGGAGAACUUAGAAAGAGUGAGAGUGAACUACAAAAGAAGUUGGAUGUCUCUAAAAAGAGUGAGCGUGAACUACAAAAGAAGUUGGAUGUCUCUAAAAAGAGUGAGAGUGAUCUACAAAAGGAGUUGGGUGCUUCCAAAUCCAGCAACUAUGAACUAAGAAAGAAUUGUGAAGUUUUACAAAUAAGAGAGAGUGAACUACAAAAGGAGUUGGAUGCCUCUAAAAAGAGUGGGAGUGAACUACAAAAGGAGUUGGAUGCCUCUAAAAAGAGUGGGAGUGAACUACAAAAGGAGUUGGAUGCCUCAAAAGUGAGAGAAGAUCAACUAAGAAUGGAACUGAACACUAGCCAACAAAGAGAAAAUAAACUAAGAAAGCAAAUGAAAGAUUAUGAAACUGAGUGCAGUAAACUAAGGAAGUACUGGGACUUGGAUCCUUCUAAGAGUGAAUUACAAAAGGAGUUGGAUGUCUCUAAAAAGAGUGAGAGUGAACUACAAAAGGAGCUGAAUACCUCUGAAAAGAGUGAGAGGAAACUUCAAAAGGAAUUGGAUGCCUCUAAAAAGAGUGAGAGUGAACUACAAAAGAUGUUGGAUGCCUCUAAAAAGAGCGAGAGUGAACUACAAAAGGAAUUGGAUGCCUCUAAAAAGAGUGAGAGUGAACUACAAAAGAUGUUGGAUGCCUCUAAAAAGAGUGUGAGUGAACUACAAAAGAAGUUGGAUGCCUCUAAAAAGAGUGAGAGUGAACUACAAAAGGAGUUGGAUGCCUCUAAAAAGAGAGAGAGGGAACUCAAAAAAGAUCUGGAUGCCUCUAAAAAGAGUGAUAGGAAACUACAAAAGGAGCUGGAUGUGUCUAUUAAGAGUGAGAGUGAACUACAAAAGGAGCUGGAUGUGUCUAUUAAGAGUGAGAAUGAACUACAAAAGAAGUUGGAUGCCUCUAAAAAGAGUGUGAGUGAACUGAAAAAAAAGUUGGAUGCCUCUAAAAAAAGAGAGCAUGAACUACAAAAGGAGCUGGAAGCCUCUAAUAAGAGUGAGAGUGAACUACAAAAGGAGUUGGAAGCUACCCAACUAAGAGAAACCAAACUAAUGAAAGAAUUAGAUGAUUUCAGAAGAAACGAGUGUAACCCAGGAAGGUUACUGGAUUAUGCACAACAAAGAGAGAGUGAAGAUAGUAAGGAGGACAACAAUGAACUAGAACCACAAGCCAGUGGAACCAGGAACCGCAGAGGCAGCAAAGACCUUGAUGUUCCAAACUGUCCUUUGGAUCAAAACAUCUCCAAACCAGAACACAGUGAGAGUGAACUACAAAAGAAGUUGGAUGCCUCUAAAAAGAGUGAGAGUGAACUACAAAAGAAGUUGGAUGCCUCUAAAAAGAGUGAGAGUGAACUACAAAAGUGGUUGGAUGCCUCUAAAAAGAGUGAGAGUGAACUGAACAAAGAUCUAGAUGCCUCUAAAAAGAGUGAGAGUGAACUGAAAAAAGAUCUAGAUGCCUCUAGAAUGAGUGAGAGUGAACUACAAAAGGAGUUGGAUGCCUCUAAAAAGAGUGAGAGUGAACUGAAAAAAGAUCUAGAUGCCUCUAAAAAGAGUGAGAGUGAACUACAAAAGGAGUUGGAUGCCUCUAAAAAGAGUGAGAGUGAACUGAAAAAAGAUCUAGAUGCCUCUAAAAAGAGUGAGAGUGAACUACAAAAGGAGUUGGAUGCCUCUAAAAAGAGUGAGAGUGAACUGAACAAAGAUCUAGAUGCCUCUAAAAAGAGUGAGAGUGAACUGAAAAAAGAUCUAGAUGCCUCUAGAAUGAGUGAGAGUGAACUACAAAAGGAGUUGGAUGCCUCUAAAAAGAGUGAGAGUGAACUACAAAAGAAGCUGGAUGCCUCUAAAAAGAGUGAGAGUGAACUGAACAAAGAUCUAGAUGCCUCUAGAAAGAGUGAGAGUGAACUGCAAAAUGAGUUGGAUGCCUCUAAAAAGAGUGAGAGUGAACUGAAAAAAGAUCUAGAUGCCUCUAAAAAGAGAGAGCAUGAACUACAAAAGGAGUUGGAAGCUACUCAACUAAGAGAAACCAAACUAAUAAAAGAAUUAGAUGAUUUCAGAAGAAACGAGUGUAACCCAGGAAGGUUACUGGAUUCUGCACAACAAAGAGAGAGUGAAGUUAAUAAGGAGGACUGUGGUGUAAAAAAGGACAACACUGUACAAGAACCACAAGCCAGUGGAACCAGGAACCGCAGAGGCAGCAAAGACCUUGAAGUUCCAAACUCAGGAGCUGGCAAUCUUGAUCGUUUACCUGGCAUCAUGGAUUCCCAGAAAUACCAGGUCAUUUUAAAGAAGAACGUGAUGCCUUCUGUUGACAAAUUAAACCUUGGACAAGAUGAAGAAGAUGAAACCUUUUUUCAAAAUGGAGCCAACUUCUAUGUAACAUCUACAUCCAAAUUCACACAUUCAGCAAACCCUGAUGAAGAGUGUAGAUUUAUACUGCUGGGAGGUGAUGUUGAUGCUAAUAAGGAAGUGUGCAGGAUUAUAUUCAGGAAUCAGCAGAACCAACAAAGAACUGAUCUGGAUGAUUGGGAGCUGCAGGAGAACCGUGUCCAGGGAAGACAUGUAACUGUGGCCAUCAGUCCCACUACUUGGUUGGAGCAUUUGAGAUCAUUUUUAUUUCAAUUCUGGGCAAUCAGAAGUAUUAAAAAGGACAUUAAGAAAUGUUUGUCAGUGACGUUCCCUGGGCCUAAUGCAUUUCUAUUAGUGAUCAACGAUGGACGUGACAAUGGAAAAGAACAUUAUCUCUUAGAAGCAGUUGAUUCAGUGUUUGGGAAAAAGGCCUUAGACUACAGCAUGGUGCUGCUCAUUAAAGGUUCUGGACAAAAGCGUUCAGAUCAUCUCUCAAUGGAGUGUGUCAAGAGAUGUGGCCAGAGGCAUCAUGUUCUAGAGGACACUGAUAGCAGCGUUCAGGAACUUUUCAGUAAAGUUUUAAGUAUGGUUGUUGGCAAAAAAAGUAAGUUCUGUAUUCCACCAAAGUACGAAAAAUUUAUGGAAACUGAUUUUGAAUCAUGGGAAAAGAGAAGAAUUUCAAAAAUGAAUGAAUUUCUGGCUGAAUGCCAGGAUGAGAAAGACAACCUUAUUGGAGAACUUGAUGCCUCUAAUAAGAGAGAGAGUGAACUACAAAAGAAGUUGGAAGCCUCUAAAAAGAGAGAGCGUGAACUACAAAAGGAGUUGGAAGCUACCCAACUAAGAGAAACCAAACUAAUAAAAGAAUUAGAUGAUUUCAGAAGAAACCAGUAUAACCCAGGAAGGUUACUGGAUUCUGCACAACAAAGAAAGAGUGAAGAUAGUAAGGAGGACUGUGGUGUAAAAAAGGACAACACUGUACAAGAACCACAAGCCAGUGGAACCAGGAAACGCAGAGGCAGCAAAGACAUUGAAGUUCCAAACUACUUGUACAACACACAGCAUCUCCUCACCUUCUUAGAGACCCUCUAUAGGGCUCUCAUCCCUGAUGAUGAGAUGGGUCCAUUUCGAGAUGAUUUACACUACCAAAAGGCACCGCUGAGCGCAAUUGCUCAUGGACAAGGCUUACAAGCACACAGCAAAGUGACGUGGACUGAGACUGCAAAAGCUGCAUUUGAACGACUGAAACAGACAUUACAGAUGACACCCACACUAGGCAUCCCUGACCCAAUGAGACUACUUACACAAACUGUUGACGAAAAAGGGGGAUGCAUGACAUCAGUUUUGCUCCAAGAGCAUGGGGGCAAACUCAGACCAGUAGCAUAUUUUUCAGCUAAACUGGAUCCAGUGGCAGCAGGUCUGCUCAUACAGUUGAAGGACAACCUUACUAAACCACAUGCAGAUGCAUUGCAUGACCUGAAGCCUGGUGAGUGGAUCAUGGUGAAAGACUUCAGAAGAAAGAACUGGAAGGCCAAGCGUUGUCUGGGACCGUUCCAGAUUCUGUUGAAUACUCUCACCGCUGUGAAAAUAGUGGAGAGAGCAACGUGGAACCACGCCAGUCACUGCAAACGGUUUAAUUUAUCGGACAAACAACAGAUUUCAUCAACAGAAACAAUGGCGCGGAGAAGGAAGAUGAGAGGACAAACAGAGGGAACUGAACUAGAAAAACUGCUUGGACAAGAUGAAGAAGAUGAAACCUCUUUUCAAUACGGAACCAACUUCUAUGUAACAUCUACAUCCAAAUUCACACAUUCAGCAAACCCUGAUGAAGAGUGUAGAUUUAUACUGCUGGGAGGUGAUGUUGAUGCUAAUAAGGAAGUGUGCAGGAUUAUAUUCAGGAAUCAGUGGAGCCGACAAAGAACUGAGCUGGAUGAUUGGGAGCUGCAGGAGAACCGUGUACACGGAAGACAUGUCACUGUGGCCGUCAGUCCGCCUACUUGGUUGAAGCAUUUGAGAUCAUCUUUAUCUCUUUCCACAGGAAUCAGUUGUAUUAAAAAUGACAUUGAGAAAUGUGUGUCAAUGGCGUUCCCUGGGCCUAAUGCAUUUCUAUUAGUGAUCAGAGAUGGACGUGACAAUGGAAAAGAACAUUUCCUUUUAAAAGCAGUCGCUUCAGUGUUUGGGAAAGAGGCCUUAGACUACAGCAUGGUGCUGCUCAUUAAAGGUUCUGGAAAAAAGCAUUCAGAUCUUCUCUCAAUGAAGUGUGUCAAGAGAUGUGGCCAGAGGCAUCAUGUUCUAGAGGACACUGAUAGCAGUGUUCAGGAACUUUUCAGUAAAGUUUUAAGAAUGAUUGUUGGCAAAAAAAGGAAGUUCUUUAUUCCACCGGAGUAUGAAGAAUUUAUGGAAACUGAUUUUGAAUCAUGGGAAAAGAGAAGAAUUUCAAAUAUGAAUGAAUUUCUGGCUAAAUGCCAGGAUGAGAAAGACAACCUUAUUGGAGAACUUGAUGCCUCUAAAAAGUGCGAGAGUGAACUACAAAAGAAGUUGGAUGCCUCUAAGAAGAGUGAGCGUGAACAAGAAAAGGAGUUGGAAGCUUCCCAACUAAGAGAAACCAAACUAAUAAAAGAAUUAGAUGAUUUCAGAAGAAACGAGUGUAACCCAGGAAGGUUACACUGUACAAGACAACAAGCCAGUGGAACCAGGAACCGCAGAGGCAGCAACGACCUUGAAGUUCCAAACUGCACAUUACAGAAUGAUGAUGAUACAAAUGAACCCAAAACAGAUCUUCGGCUAGUUCUUCUGGGUGGAGAUGAUAAUAAUUAUGUAGCUGAAAUUAUACUCAGGACUGAUAAAAAGAAAGAAAUGAUAAAUCCUAAAAAAGGCACCAUGAGAGAGGGGAGUGUUGAUGGAAGACAGCUCUCUGUAUUCGUGUCUCCUUCAUACUGGAUGAAACACUUGGACUCAUUUUGGUUUUUUCAAAAUGGAGUGGAGUCCAUCAGAGCUGAGCUUCAGAACUGUACCUCAAUGACGUUUCCUGGUCCUCACGCCUUUCUGCUAGUGAUGCGAGCUGGACAAACUCCUGGGAAAGAACAUCUUCUUUUAAAAGCCAUAACCAACGUGUUUGGAGCCGAGGCAUUAGAGUACACCAUGGUUUUGUUCGUUUAUGGACACAAAUGGGAAAAUCCAAAAGAUGCCCUGAAGAACUGCUGUGUGAAGAUGUGUGGAACGAAAUACUUCAUACUGGAGAACGAGGAAAACGUCGAGGAGCUGUUCAGAAGAGUCGAGGCAAUGACGCAGAGGAAACAAAGCCGAUUUUUUAUUCAGCGCUCUUAUGAAAAUCUCAUGAAAGUUUAUUUCGAACCCUGGGAAAAGGCUCAGGCUUAUAAAGAAAUGCAAUUAAAAAGAGAACUGGAUGAACUGAGAUGUAGUGAGGAACAGCUGAGGGAGGAGCUGGAAGCAUCCAGACAUCAGGAGCGUGUGAUACGGGAGGAGCUGAAGACAGCGAGAUAUAGUGAGGAACAGCUGAGGGAGGAGCUGGAAGCAUCCAGACAUCAGGAGAGUGUGUUACAGGAGGAUCUGAAGACAGCGAGAUGUAGUGAGGAACAGCUGAGGGAGGAGCUGGAAGCAUCUAAAUGUCAGGAGAGUGUCUUACAGGAGGAGCUGAAGACAGCGAGAUGUAGUGAGGAACAUCUGAGGGAGGAGCUGGAAGCAUCCAGACAUCAGGAGAGUGUGUUACAGGAGGAGCUGAAGACAGCGAGAUGUAGUGAGGAACAUCUGAGGGAGGAGCUGGAAGCAUCCAGACAUCAGGAGAGUGUGUUACAGGAGGAGCUGAAGACAGCGAGAUGUAGUGAGGAACAGCUGAGGGAGGAGCUGGAAGCAUCCAGACAUCAGGAGAGUGUGUUACGGGAGGAGCUGAAGACAGCGAGAUGUAGUGAAGCAGGACAGUGGACACCUUUACGGCGCAGCAGGAGCAGAAGAAGAAGAAGCAAAGAAGGUUUAAACCCAAACAUGACAAUGGAUGACCUUUAAAUGUUGUGGAAGAAAUCUGAUGAUCUCCUGAGAAGAGACGCGACAAAAAGAGAAGAGAAGAGAGGUGAAGAGAAGAGAAAAGGAGAGGAGAAAAGAGGAAAGGAGAGAAGGGAAGUGAAGAGAAAAGAAUAGAAGAGUAGAGGAGAGAGGUGAAGAGAAGAGAAAAGCAGAGAAGAAAAGAGAAAAGGAGAGAAAAGGAGAAAAGAGAAGAGCAGAGAAGAGAAAAGGAGAGGAGAAAAGAGGAGAGGAGAGAAGGGAAGUGAAGAGAAGUGAAGAGAAAAGAAUAGAAGAGUAGACGAGAAAAGGAGAGAAAAGGAGAGAAGAGAAGAGAAAAGGAGUGGAGAAAAGAGGAGAGGAGAGAAGGGACGGGAAGAGAAGUGAAGAGAAAAGAAUAGAAGAGUAGAGGAGAGAGGUGAAGAGAAGAGAAAAGGAGAGAAGAAAAGAGAAAAGGAGAGAAAAGGAGAAAAGAGAAGAGCAGAGAAGAGAAAAGGAGAGGAGAAAAGAGGAGAGGAGAGAAGGGAAGGGAAGUGAAGAGAAGUGAAGAGAAAAGAAUAGAAGAGUAGAUGAGAAAAGAAGAGAAAAGGAGAGAAGAGAAGAGAAAAGAAGAGAAGAGAAGAAAACACAAAUACACAAAAUAAAUUCUGACAAAUGGGCACUAAAUAAAUGGGAACAUAAAUAUUGGGUUUGUUCCAUCUUUAUGUUCAUGUUAUAAUUCAGAGCUUUGUAUGUAUUUACUUAUUAAAAUAUUUUUUUACAAAAACAGACGACGAUCAUCUAUAAAAUCGCUCCACUGACGUUUCCUGACCGUUUCAUGCCUAGAAGUCGUGUUUUUCCUGGAAUCCCACCAGAUAAUCAGGAGUCAGAAGUAAACAAAAUUCUCAACAUAGAUAAUUAAUUAAUCUUAAUUUCAGAUUAUUUCAGAUUUUCUUUACUGAUUUUUGAAACAGAUCAUUGACAUGUUGACUUCUGGGUUAUUGUGCGUCUCAGUUCGUGUCAUUAUUUUAAAACCUUUUAGUGCAGGUAGCAACCUUCUGCCCAUAGAAGAAACAUGAGACAUCUGAGUACACUGUAAUUUGGAUUCUACAGAUUAUAGGGAUUAUAGAGAUUAUAGGGAUUAUAGGGAUUAUAGACAUUAUAGAGAUUACAGAUUACAGACAGAUUGUAGAUCUCAGUGUGUCCACAUUCCAGACAAAUUAGACAAAUAAAGUGUCUACUUAAAGAA